AUGAGUCGUGAGGCUCCCAUCCGGGUGGCCCUUGUUGGAACCGGACUGGCAGGCCUGACCACCGCAUAUCUCUUGCAGAACGACGAACAGCGGCGGUAUGCAGUGACUCUUUUUGAACAGGCCGAGAGUCUAUCCUUCGACUCGGCGUCCGUCGCCAUCCGCGACGAGAGAUCCGGCCAUGUCGAGCGGGUUGACCUCCCUAUGCGCGCUCUCGCGGGGGGUUACUACGCAAACGUCAUGCGCAUGUAUGACCACUUGGGUAUCCCGUACCAUCCCAUCCGGUUUCUGUUCUCCUUCGCCAAGGCGUUGCCGGCUCGGAGUCCCGAGGCGACGGCGGCCGGGAAGACGCCGGCGAACCCCGAAGGGGCGGGCAGAGCGCCGGGUGAGUACUUCGUGCACGCGUCGAACCUGCACCAGAUUCCGCCCUGGCCGGGAAGCCGUGGCGUGCUGGCGCACCUCAUCGAAAUACUGUACCUGAUCAUCUGCCAGUUCUGGUUCACGGUCGCGUGCUUCCUGGUGCGCCCUCACACCGAGUGGGCCGACGGAGGAGGGGAGACGCUGGACGAGUACUUUCGGAGGAUCUGGCUGCCUCGUCGCUACGUGACGCACUACCUGCUGCCCCUCAUGAGCAGCGUGUCGACCUGCUCGCACGACGAGAUGCUGGCGUUCCCGGCAAGCGACGUCGUGAACUACAAGCGGUUGACGCACGGCCAGCAGCACUACACGGUCUGCGGCGGCGUCCAUCAGGUGGAGGGGCGGCUGGCGGCGGAGAUGAAGGACGUCCGACUGGGAGCCUGCGUCGCCGAGGUGGCGCCCACGAGCGACGGGACGGUGAGGAUACGUUGGCAGUCGACGAACAGCGGGCUCGAACCGCUGCUGGAGGACGUGUUCGACCGGGUCAUCCUUGCCGUGUCACCGGACGUCGCCGGCAGGAUCUUCACUCCCUUGCGGGAGACGCUCAGUUCGAUACCGACUACCCGCGUAGAGAGUUCGGUGCUCCGGCCAGCGAAUUCGACGCCGAGCCAGCAGCCCCUGACCCUGGUCGAGGACGAGAGCAGUCAUCCCAAGUCCUGCUCGCACCACCGCGGGAGUGCCAUCCCGCCGCAGGUCAUCUGUCUGAGGACCGACUUCACCGCCGAGGAGGCGCGGACGGAAGCGCUGCACAAGAUGCCCGGGGGCACGGUCGUGAGCACAUGCCCGCUGGACCCGCAGGCCGACGCGAAGAGGGUGCUGCGCACGGCGAGGUUCACGAGGACCCUGAGGACGACCGAGAGCAGGGCGGCGAUUCGGAGGAUCAUGGGCGAGACCAGGAGGUCAGACAAGAAGACGGAUCCGGUCCGCGGCGCGGAGGACUGGGUGAACGGCCAGGACAACGUCUGGCUGACGGGGGCCUGGUGCUGGGACGGCAUGGUUCUGCUCGAGGGGUGUCUGGUCUCCGCCAUGAGAAUCGCCGAUGACUUUGGCGUCAAGGUCCCGUGGACUCGGUGA